UACGUACGUGUACCAGAUAUAUAUAUCGGCGAGUUGAUAUCGAUUAUCAGUAACAGCCAAAGUUUCAAAUCGCCAUUAUUGAACGAGUAUAGUGGGUUUACUGUAAGUGCAGUAAAUCGAAUUCUUCAGUAAUCAUCGAUUCAAAUCACCGUUUCAUUCGAUAUCAAAUAUGGAUUCACCAUCAAAGGAACUAGAUCAUGAAGACGAUCUGUUAGAGCAAUUCAUAAAUUAUUACAAGAUGAACUCACGUAAGCAUCCACAAGAAACCGAAGACAGACUUCAUACCAUUAAUCAAAAAGAAAACCGCAAGCCGAAUAAAUGUACUAAAAGGCAUGAUAGUAAAUCCAUGUCCGGUGAUUCAUCUCUACAAUCGAAUAAAAAAAAUGAACUUUUAAGGGCAUGGUUCGAUUCAACAAAAUUUAUCGACGGAUUGGACGCGAACCUUCGUUCUCGUUUAAAGUCAAAUAGAAAACCCGAACUUGUAAAACCACCGCUACAGUCAACAAAAAGUACUGAGAAUUUGUUCAUUAAGAAACAUUCCACAUCGAGUCAUUCUCAAAAGCCAAAUAAAAAAGUUGAACUUGUGACACCUUCACUGGAGUCGACAACUGAUAGUGAGACUGAGAAUUCGAUCACUAAACAAACAACUGCAAGACAGAAAAGCGUACAUUCCACAUCGAGUCGUCUUCCAAAGUCGAACAAAAAAACUGAACUUGUGAAACCUUCACUGGAAUCGACAACUGAUAGUCAGACUGGAAAUUCCAUCACUAAGAAAAAUACUCCAAAACCGAAUAGUGAACAUUCCACAUCGAAUCAUUCUCUGAAUUUGAAUGAAAAAUCUAAAUAUUCAGAUCCAUUAUUGCUGUCAAUGAAAACCUGGAUUAAAACCUUAGACGAAUACAAGAACACAAUAAGCAGAGUCUUCGUAGAAGACUUCAAACAACUGGAUUCAUCAGAACCGAAUAAAGGCUCAUGCUUCAACUACUUCCUGCUCGAUCCACGAAUCACGAACAAUUUCCCCGGUAAAAAUAAAAAUCGUAGCUUGAAAAUAUCUUGGGAAACCUUCCUGUCGGGUAUUUUUUAUAUAGGAAAAGGUAAAUCGGACAGACCUUACGAUCAUCUAAAAAAAGCCCUAAAAGAAAGUCGUAGCAAUGAUCCGUCUAAAAAGCACGGAAAGAAAAUUCAAACGAUUUUGGAUAUUUGGAACGAGGGUAAGGGAGUCGUCAUUCUGCAAAUGUUUGAAAGAAAAGUGGAUUUAGAAUCUUUUACGAGGGAAGCCGCCAUGAUCGAGGUAAUAGGUACACGAAAUCUGGCAAAUGAAAAGAAUGGUAGUUACCAUGGGCAAAUAUUUAUGUGGAAAUCUGAAGAAAAACACAAAGUGGGUCGAUAUUUACUUUACGAGUCGUAUCAGACGUAUUUAUCGAAACCAGCACCUGAAAUCUUUCCUCACGAUUUGUGACUUAUAAGGUUUAGGUGGGGUACUUUAGUUGGGAGGAGGUUUUCAAAAUUUCAACUUUGGCCAAUAGGUUAUUCUUUGAAAAUGAACCAAUAUGGUUGGAAUUUAUUCCUUGUGUUUCUACAAGAUAGUUUCCGAAUCUGUGAUAAAAUUCUGAGCUCAAUCAUAUAAAGUGUGGUUUGGCUCAGUGCAUUGAAUAAUAUGCAUUGCCCCAAAUUACCUUUAGGAUAAGUUUUUCUCUUCUUCGUAUGAUCAUCAUUUAUUAAUGUUUAUUUAUUUUUUUGUUGUUGUUUUUUUUACUUUAUUUUUUUGUUUUUUUAUAUCUUUGUAAUUUUUUUCUGUCAGUUUUUAGAAUAAAUUUUAUGUUGUAGAGGCUUGAAUUGUUAAAUAAAAAAUAAAUUUAAAAAAAUAUAUGGCCUUUUAUGAU